UUGGUACGUUUAGGUUUUGAUUUUUUAUCUUCAAAAUUAUUAUUAUCUCUUUGAAUUCUUCUUCAUGAUAUUCUUGACAAAAUUUUGCAGAGUAAAUCCCUAAUUAUUUUAUUUACUUUUAAGCUUGGUGGUUCUAGCUGGUAAUUAUCGAGUGUUUCAAUUUUUGUCAGUAAUCUGCUGCAGACGCAAUGGCUAAAACUAACAGAAAAACAACAGGCCGUCGGAAAGGGGCUCCUUCUCAACCCAUUUCGGCAGAAGAGCCUAUCGAACCCGUCGCGGAACAUGGAGUAGUCGAGGAAGAACUGCGAGAAGUGUGCUCCUUCGAGGAGUUUCCAUUGCUGCUCACACACGCUCGAGCUAUUCGGGACAGCAUUCCAGAGAGUGACGACCCAAGAGAAGCGGCAACAAAGUCACUAAUCUGGCUGGAGAAUUUCACAGCGGAAUUGGACAAACUGAAGAACAUGAACCCUCAGGAAUGCACGGUCGUUAUGCCUCCGCCGUCGGCCAUCAACACAACGCGCAAGCGACCAGUUCCGGGUUCAGGUGCUCGGGGAACUGUGGAUAAGAAAAUGAAGUCUGGUGCAAUGAAAACUUAUACCAAGGUGGCUAGCGCUUCUUCGCCAGCGCCCAGCAGUGGUCGUCCACGUCGUCAGGCUGCCGUGACCGCGCAGCAAAGAAUCACUUACGGCAAUCAGACCAUUCUAAAAUCUUCCAAGACCAGUGCUACCAGUCGACGAGGGAAGAAAACUCCGCAGUCAUCGUUGACAGAUGCCCUUCCCGAGGACUCUUCGAACAGCGAUGUGGUGAUAGUUGAGAAGACUGAUGAGAAAUGUGUGGUGACUGUUGUAGCAUCCGAAACAGCUUCUGUCGAGAUUUGUGACACAUCGAUUACCGUGGUGACGAAUACGGUCGUACGUCCCAGUAAACCAUCGACAUCUUCUAAAUCCAGUGGAGCGAAAGCCAUUCAAGUGCUAAAUUCACGAAAGUCUUCGACAUCUGGCGAGCGCACUCAGAAGGGAUUCUUUGGUAACGGCACUAUUUUAUCUCCCAUUCAGCGUUUGCAGGACGAGACAGUAAUUUCGAUGCGUUCCUCCAUGGGCCCAGUGACUUCAACACCGAAUUCCGAUGGUGCAACAAUGAUGGAAAGUUCACCGAAGGCUGCAGCACCCUCUGCACUGAUCUCCUCCCGGACCUCUGAAGCUGCCUCUCGAACUGCAGAAGCUCCUAACAUAUUUUCUGGAAGUUUUGAUCACCACCUUGAGGAAAUGGCAUCCCCUGUGUCAGAUGAAUAUAAAACAGCUUAUUCGGUGCUGGACAAUCAGAAAGUUGGAAAACCGCACACUUCUACCAAAACUAGUCUGGUAAAUGCAACCGCCGUCAUCCCGUCACCGUCUGUAAUUCCUUGUCGCGAAGUUCGGGGUACAAGUGGGAAACGCAGCAGUAUUGCGCCUCCGGUUAAGCCUGUUGCAGAUUUUCCAGGGGCUCAGUUCAGUCAUGCUGAAGCGCACAACAGGGUAGAGAAAAUGCCGGACGAAGAAGUUCCUUCUGAUGAUGCACUUACCGACGAACACCAAAAUGUGCUUUCGGAAAAUGGUAAAAAUGUUGCCACAUUGGAAGAGAUCGAUAUUGACGUUGAUGGUGAGAUCACUGAAAAACCUGCCGAAGAGACCGAUUCCCUUCAGCCUGCUCCCAUCAUAAAUAAAGCCAACACGGAGGCGGAGGUCGAGCUUAAUGCAUCCAUGGCCACUUUAUCGUUGAAUACGUUUGUUCCGCCCGCUGCUCCGGUUAUUGUCGCAGAGUUUACUGUCAAGGAGCCCACUUCGCCGAAGUUUGCGGACCAAGGAUUAAAGCGGAGUGUUGAUCAGACACCCGCCAGGAUUCCUCCUGUCCCGGCGCGUACACUGUCUCCUGUUCGAGUGGAGGAUCCAUUCGUAAACGCUGCAAAAACCGGGAAAAGCGUUUCACAAACUGAGCUUCCCAAGACUCACUUUCCGUCUGCCGCUGCCAACCGUGCAGGGAUACCUCGUGUGAAAGACCAGAGCAGUGCACAGAAGCUUAUUAAUCAGCCAAAAAUACGUAAAGAUGCUCCUCCGUCGAACAAGAAAACCACCCCACUCCGACCAGCUCAUCAAGCGAAACCUUUACAGAGCGCCGAAAAGAACAUAUACGUUCCCAAACCGCUGCCAUUUGGAGGAGCAACCCCGUCAUCGACGAAUCCAGUAACUAUUGGUACCGGACCAGGAAAAUCAACAUCUAAAGCGGCUCCGUUGUUGAAAAAUGGUCAUGGACUUUUCUCUACGUCGGUUGUCCAUUCGGUUAUUCCGAAAGCUGUGCCCGUUUCGCAUCCGGCAGUUAAUCCUCAUGGUUUGAAUAUGGGAAAGAAGAUCAUUCAAGAUCAGCGAGAAGCCAGCAAAAAUAAAACGAGUGCAUCGAAAGCGCCGGCGAUGCCGUCCUUGGAAAAAUUAGGGUCAGGAGUUAUGUUCCCAUCGCACGAGCCCACACCCAUUCCUUUGAAAGUGCCAUUUUCCGCAGGCAUGGUUCGAGCGCCGAAAGUUGGAAACCUUGCGGGGGGAAGUUCUGACGCGAAUGCCGAUGGGAGCGGCACGGAUGAAAAGAGCCCGGUAUCGCAAGGGACGGCGGGUCUUAUUCCUAAGGCUGUAGCUGGUGCGGGGACUCUCCAUGUUCAACAAAUGGUUACCAGCGCAAGUAGUCUGUCUGCAUCUUCAUCGAGGAACAACCUUCAGUAUACGAAUGCUGCCGCUCAGGACGUGCUAGCUAAGGUGUCCGAUGAAUACACCGAUUAUGGUCUGGAUAUCGCGGAGGAUGACGACACGGACGAUGAGGAACGCCCACGCAGAGAUGUUCCGUCGUGGGCAGCCCCCGAAAAUUUACGGAAUCGCAUCCGUGGACAACUGAAGAGACAGCUUAAUCUUGACGAAGUUUUUGAGGGUGCUCGACCGGAAGAAAAGGUGGAUUUAUCACGCAUUUUCGGGAGAUCUAAGGACCGUUAUAACCGUCGCAAUUCGAGCCAAGUUUGGCCUCAUGGCGUCUUGCCCUUGGGAACGACCACACCUCUCGCAUCGGCAGACCUUGUUUGAAUGUUAAUAUGCUGGCUUGGAUGCAACCUAUGAUGGUGGAAUAAUUUUAUCGUGGCUUUUUUCUUUGGAUCCUUCGUUUAGUUCGCUUUUUGCAGCACUUAGCGUUGGAGCUGCGUAAUAUUAUUAUGGUGAAUUUAUUUAUGAUACCUUUUUUAAAUAUUUGAAUUUCGUUUGCAUUUCUUUUCAUAGCACUCGUGCUGGCUGAAAUAUUGGAGUUUAAAAUUGCAUUUUUUUUGUGCUAUAGCAUUUCAGUCAUUGCUGUUCGCAAGUUGCUGUGUGCAAGGUAAACAAUGGCGAUUGUCAGUUUGAUUAAA